AUGGUAGGCCCUGUGCAACUUCGAACGCAGAAAAGCCUUCUAACGCGAUAUUCCAACACUUUGAAUCAAACAAUUGCGAAAUUUUCAGAAAUAACAUGCGAAACAUCUCUCAAAGUUCUUUCGGAAGCCGCUUACGAACUAACUGCGACCUCCAGAAUACUUGAAGAGGCUUUGAACUCUUACAUAAAAACUGUAGACGAUUUGGGAGAGACAAUCACAGAAGAACAAGAAACUCAGAUUCAAGGAUACAUCGAUAAAGCCCAAGUAACCUUGGAAACAGCGCAAUCCUUGAUCAUCCAGAUAGACACCAAAAAAGUUGGUCUGCAACAACCAACGUGGCAAGAACCACUACCAACAGAGGUCAUAGGUGCGAAAACUGAAUUGCCACCUAUACCUAUUCCAACGUUUAAUGGAAACAUUAGCGAAUUUGAGAAUUUUUGGACACUUUUCAGUGCAAAUGUGCACAACCAAAAACUGUCAAAUUUGCAAAAAUUCAAUUACCUUCUGCAAACCUUACGUGGGGAAGCAAGAGAGGUAAUAAGAAGAUAUCCGGUGACAGAAGAAAACUAUGAAUUAGCCAUUGAAGUACUUCAAACAAAGUUUGGAGACAAAUCAAAAAUAAUCUACGAUCUCCAAAUGAGGUUGGACAAAGCAAAUGCAAGAAGUCCUCUUAUACCAGAUCAAAGGAAGCUGUUGGAAUAUUUGUUUGCGAUAACAACGCAACUAGAGAAAAAAGGGGUAUCUCUGGAUGGCUCCUUUAUUGUCCAGAAAGUCUUGUCAAAAUUCAGUCAAGGCCUUCAAAGGAAGGUAUUGAAAGUGCAAAUCGAAGCACACCACGAUGAGUGGAAGUUGAUCCAGCUUCUCAGCGAUUUGGACAAGAUCAUAUCCUCCGAGGAAAAAGUCGCAGAAAUGCUGAAAAACAAUGAGCCUUUACAAAGGCAAAGUAAACCACAAUUUCAAAGAAGGGUGGAAAAUGCCCAAACACAAGCUCAGUGUAUCUACUGCGGGGCAGUGAAUCAUAAUUCACUGCAUUGCACAAAAUUCGAUAGCAUUCAAAAGCGAACAGACUUCCUGAUGAAAAACAAAAAGUGCUUGAACUGUACAAGAGCAAACCAUUUUUUGAAAGAAUGUAAUAACAGAGGAUGCAGUAUGUGCGCCGGAAAAAAGCACCACUUUUCCUUAUGUCCAAAAAGAAUGUACAGGCAAACGGAUGACCUGGUACAGCGACGCAACAAUCCAACAGCUUCAAAUCAACACCACCCAAAAAUAAACAGAACAGAUCUCACAGAAAGAUCGAAUCAAAGUUGUGCAAUAUCUACGAAUCCAGAAGGGAAUAACACUGUCACUCAAACAUCCAGUCUCCAUACCACGAUAAAGAGCCAACACAAUGGUCAAGACAACGUUUUUCUUCUGACAGGAGUGGCGAAGGUGCGAACAAAAUCAGGAGAGAUGAAAGCAAUAGAUAUACUUCUCGAUACUGGAGCAGACAAAUCCUUCAUCAAGCGGAAGCUGGCAGACGAUCUCCAAUUACCUACAACGGGGAGCGUCGAAUUAUCGGUCUUCACAUUUGGAAGCGAUAUCCCAAAGAAACAGCGGUAUGAAAUCUCACCGCUCCAAAUCUGGGACGAGAAAGGGAACGUUCACGAUCUGGUACUCUGCAAGACAGAAACGAUUACUGAAAAAAUCAAAUCUGCUCGUCUUACAAAACCAGACACCGAAUUCCUCCGUAAACACAACAUAGCUUUAUGCAAGACGGAAAAAACAGAAAUAAACCCGGACGUUCUACUGGGUUGUGAUCAGUUGUGGCCAUUGCUGAAUACAUCCUGUCGACAGCAGAUACUUCCUUCUGGACUGAUAGCAAUCCCGUCAAAGUUAGGGUACCUGCUGACGGGACGACAGCAAUGCGGAGGAAUUAUGCGCAAUAUGGACGAAGCCCCAUGUCGGGCAAUCACGACUACGCUGAGUACCUCAGAAAUGAACGAACUUGACCUUUGGGACCGUUACUGGUCCUUGGACUCAGCCGGAGUAGAAGAAUAUACUGGUUCAAAGUACUCGGAAAAGGCGAAAGUAAACGAAAAAGUUCUACAGUACUUCCACGAUACUAUCGAAAAAAGAAACGAUGGGUACUAUGUAAGGUUACCGUUCAAAGAAACCUGUGACCAAUUGCCAACCAACAAAGCAAUAGCAUACCGCCGCUUGGCUAGCGUCCUGAAAAUGUUGCAUACGAACAGCGAAUUGCUGCAACAAUAUCACGGCGUUUUUCAAGAACAGUUAAAGACGGGAAUACUAGAGGAAGUGGUGGAUACGGCUUCAGAAGUGAGUGAAAAGAAACUCGUUCAUUACCUUCCACAUCAACCAGUCGUAACCCCACAUAAACACACCACCAAAUUACGCAUCGUUUUCGAUGCUUCUUCACAUUUCAAAGGAUGCCCAUCGUUAAACGAUGCACUUUACCAAGGUCCUCUCAUCCUACCCGAACUUUACGGGAUACUCUUGCGUUUUCGCAUGAAGGCAAACGUGGCAAUAGCUGACGUAGAGAAGGCAUUCCUUCAAAUCAGACUCAACGAAAAAGACAGAGAUGUGACUCGUUGUCUUUGGGUGAAAAAUCCUCAACUUCAACUUGACAACGAUAACAUAGCAGUCUAUCGAUUCACCAGGGUAACAUUCGGAUUGAACGUAUCACCAUUUUUGUUAGCAGCAACGAUACAACAUCACAUAAAUUACGAGAUGAAGGACAAAAAAUUGGCAAAUGAGAUAAGCGACAACUUGUAUGUUGAUAACCUUAUUAUAAUGGGCGACACUCCAGACGAAGUUGUCAACAAAGCCAUAGCAAGUCGAGAAUUAUUCCAACAGAUGAACAUGAAUCUUCGCGAAUUCUUGGCGAAUGACUCCAGAAUACAAGACAAGCUUCCCAUCGAAGCAAAAACAACGGAAACUACACAAAAAGUUCUAGGAAUUUCCUGGAACUCGACAAAAGACCAGUUAACCAUUGACUGCGAGUUUCCAGCGAUACCAAAGAUCACGAAGAGAAACAUUGCAAAACAGAUAGCGUCCAUAUACGACCCGCUCGGAUGGCUAAUACCGCUGCUUGUCCCACAUAAGAAAUUUCAGCAAAAAGUCUGGGUAGAAGGGUAUUCCUGGGAUCAAGAGCUCUCCAAAUCCCUUCAAGAGGAAUGGAACGAAAUAAAGGACGACGCGCAAUCAUUCCACAAAACAUUCAAUCGUCACCUUCCAGUCAAAAAUUGCGAAAACUUAGCAGUAUUCGCAGAUGCAAGCGAACAGGCAAUGGCGGCAUGCGCGUACGUGUUCCACGAAAACAAGUCAGAGCUAUUGAUGGGGAAAUCAAAGUUACCGUCAAUAAAGUCAAAAACUACGAUACCCAAACUAGAGAUGAACGCUCUAACUAUGGCGACAAGAUUAGCACAUUCAAUUUGCGAAGUGUUGCGAAGCGCAUGCAAUGGUAUUACAAAUGUGUUUUUGUUCUCAGACUCCCAAAUUGUCCUAAGUUGGACCAGAAACUUUCCAAAAAAGGACGAUGCCGGAGUCUUCGUACAUAACCGAUUGAAAGAAAUGCGAAAAAUUGUGGAAGAACUUAGUCGCAAGGGUACUUCAGUGCACUUCGGUUACGUAGCGACAACGUUUAACCCGGCAGAUGCCGGAACUCGUGGUCUAUCUAAAGAACAACUAAAAACACAUGAAUGGUGGACGGGCCCAGAGUUUUUGCGUCUACCUCAAGCAACGUGGAACAAGCAGACGUUUCAAUGGCUAAAGUCAGACGAAAAUGCGACAUCAGAAGAAGGACAAGCGCUAGUAGGUCUGACAAUGGCAAGGCCUGAAGAGAAUCAAAAAUUUCUUCUCAGCCGUUAUUCAUCGUUGAGAAAAGCCCAACGCAUAGUAGCAUGGAUUUUGCGAUUCUUGCGAAGAUUGCUGGCUAACAUGCCGCAAGCAACUACUUCUCGCAUACGGAAAAGUGUUCCUGAAUUAGGCGAGAUGACAUCAUCCACAAAUCUGACAGCCCUGGAAAUGCGACAAGCAAGAAUUAUACUGAUAAAGGAACACCAGUCACUUAUGCUCAAUCCAGAAUACAUAAAAACGAUGGAAAAAACGUUGAAAUUAUUCAAGGACAGAGCGGGUGUCUGGAGAGCAAGAGGACGUCUGGGAUUCUCAGCAAUGAGCGACGAUGCGAAAUUCCCCAUAUUUGUUGCACCAAAAAGCACACUGGCUCUCAGAAUAAUAUCCGAAGCCCAUGGAGAAUAUCACCGGGGGAUUGCGCAUACUAUUUGCACUGUCAGAAGAGAAUUCUGGAUUCCAAAACUACGCCAACAGGUGCGAUCUUUCAUAAGCGGAUGCGUCCGGUGCAAACGGUUCAACGGGCUCCCUUACAAAUACCCGGAAAUGUCAGAUUUACCAUCAAGAAGGGUACAACAAACUCGGCCCUUCGAACACAUCGGAAUAGACUUUUUUGACCUUCCACAAGUAAUGGACAAUCACGAAACCAUAAAAACUUAUGGUUGCAUCUUUACAUGCACGGCAACAAGACUCAUACACCUGGAAACUCUAAAAAGUAUGAGCGCAGAGGCGUUCCUAAAUGCCCUCAGACGCUUUUUCGCGAGACGAGGCGUACCGAAAUCAAUCACGAGCGACAAUGCCCCAACAUUCCAACUCACAGCAGAAAUAAUGAAAGACGCAAACCACCAAAAUCUGUUGGAAGACUUUGCGAUCAACCGAGAGAUCGAGUGGAGAACAAUUACUCCAUAUGCCCCUUGGCAAGGGGGCUUCUAUGAGAGGCUGAUAAAAUCAGUGAAAGAAGCGCUCUAUAAAUCGCUCGGAAGAGCCAAAAUAUCGUAUGAUAGUUUGGUGACAGUGGUUACAGAAAUUGAAGCCACUUUGAAUUCUAGACCGCUUACAUACCAGGAAACCGACUGCGAUUACUACUCAACAGUGAGGCCUAUCGACUUUAUACAAAGUCGGCUAGAGCUAACAUUUCCUACCGAAAAAGUGAAAAGAAAUACAGACGAUCCGGAUUAUCACUCUUCGGCGGAACUAGCGGCACUUGAAACGCGAAACCAAGUGAUCGAGUCAUUGCAAACAUCCAUGAAUUUCACAUGUAAAUUCUGGAAAGUAUGGAGAGAGCAGUACCUUACCAGCCUUCGAGAGCAACACCGCACACGAAUGUCAGGACAGAGAGGUUCCUCUCUGAACCCAAAAGAGGGCGCGAUUGUACUCCUAAUGGAUCCAAUCAUGCCAAGAAAUGAUUGGAGAAUGGCAAAAAUCACAAAAGUCAAUGCCUCUUCAGAUGGGGCAGUUCGAGAACUUGAACUGAUAACGUCAACCAAAAGGACAAUCAAAAGACCAGUCAACUUGGUCGUCCCACUCGAGAUUCAAGACGAAGAAACUGCACCCCCUCAAGAUACGGAGAACAAUACCAACCAGAAUCAUUACAAUCUUCGACCACGGAAAAACAUCUCAUACAGAGAAAAUUUGAUAAAAACAACAAAUGUAUGGCCCGCAAGCUUUUGCAGCGCAACAAAAUCAUCGGCAGUAAUGAUGCUUAUGAUACUGGCAGUCCUCUGGUCUCCAACCACAUGCAAACCUGUAUCAGAAACCAUUCGAAUGGAAUGUCAGAAGAACGGUGUAGCGGUCAAAAAUGCAGAUACGACACAAGAAUUCGAAAUUUGCGCUGAAGGCGAAUGCAAGUUGUACAAAAAACCAUCUCCGUACGAGCUGGUCAGAUUCUCACCAGAGCUGACAUUGCACGAACACAACGUUCUUUUGAAAUGGCAUCACAACACAACUCUUCAAUCUAUGGAAAUGAAAUGCCAAGGAUUGGACUUUUGCGAAAAUAUACAAUGCAAUCUAUGCACAGCAGUCAUACUUAACCCGGAGUGCUGGCCUAUCGGUUCUCUAGUAGGGGCAACGCUAAUACUUUACAUCAUAGUAGCGUUAAUCUACAUACUACUUUAUGUGCCAAUUACGGUUGGAAAACCAAUCCGCCUAAUACUUCAUGGAAUUUUUAUAUUCAUUGUCUACUUUUUCAGGAUAAUCCGACGUUGCCUCCGAAACACGGUGCGAUUGCCGACAAACGACAGACGACUGCGCCGUAUAGCCGCCGCGAUUGCGAUAGUCACGAUCUCAAAUCAGGUACUUCCGACAUUUUCCUGCCAAGAUGUAAACGUUUUUUCGAUCAAAACCAACACGUGUACAUCUAAGCCUGAAGGCGAGAUUUGCGAAGUCAAAUUAGCGAACGUUCUCAAGAUUAACAACUAUAGACAAGAGGCAUGUCUGCGAAUCUAUGCAAAAAACGCCCUGUUGUUUCAUUUGAAAAUCCGAUGGAAGGGGCUGUUUCUCCAUUGCGAUCAUCAAGUCAUCACUUACACCCGCGAUGUUGAAAUUCAUACUCUAGACAGUAAACGAUGCCCGCACAUGGGAUCCUGUAGCGGCCAAAAAUGCGCUUCGGUCAAUUCAUCGGACUUACUGCCAGAGUUGGAGAAGGCGAAUAGAUACCCGGGGAGAACAGGAUGUCUGGAGUCCUGUGGGGGGAUAGGAUGCGAUUGCUUUUAUCCCAGCUCGGGUUGCCUUUUUUACAGGGUGUACGCGAAGCCGACGGGAAAAAAUGUUUUUGAACUAUCAAAAUGCGCAAGAUGGAAAGAGGAGGUCAAACUCGAAAUCACCGUAGAAGACCUCAAGGAUAGCUCAGUCUAUGUCAUUCCAGUUUCGCCAAAUGUACCAACCACGAUACAAAAUUUUACCAUAACACUGACUUCCCUGGCACUUCCUCCCUUACCAAUUCUCAACAAGAAAUUUCUUUCGGAUGGCGAUCAAAUUGCGAUUUUCCAAGAAAAUGACGAACUUUCUUUGUACUGCAAGACCCUAGAAGACGCACAAAACUUAAAAUGCGACCUACGCGAUAAAUGCGAUUGUGGAGCGGCCGAAAACAAAGUGAGAUGCGAAUGCAAAUCACCUUCACUAGCCAGCUAUUUUGGAGAUUUAACACGGAAGCUGCCGCUGAACACGCAAAACGCGCUCUUUUACCAAGGAAAACAGACACAGGUAAUUGCACGUAUCAGAGAUACGGCAUCUUCAGAAUUCAUCAUUGAAUUCCGAGGAAUAGUCAACAAAACCAUCCAAGAAAUUCAAUCUGAUACUUGCACAAUCGAAAAUGCGAUACUUUCUGGUUGUUAUCGUUGUGAAAAAGGAGCAGAAGCAACUAUCGUAUGCAAAUCAACUCGGCGAACGUUAGCAGAAGUGCGAUGCGAACAAGAAACCAUGACAAUCCCGUGUUCGCCAAAGGGAGAAAACGCUACACUGAGAUUGUUGCGAAACACAGCACAUAUGGAAAACGAAAGCAGGCUCCGUAGAGAAUUGCGAAAACUCAAAAGUGCGUUACCACCACUACCAUCACCUGCGAAACUCUACGAUGACAUCAUUGAAGCCUCCACAAUGGUCAUGAUUACAAUUGAGAUUUUCGAUCAACUGAAAGAAGAUUCAAGUUUUUUCCACGUGAGCAAUGCACCUUAUGGCGAACUAGAAAGAGAUACUCAGCUUUUUGAACUUAGAACCGAUAAUUGUAAACUGCGAUUAGAGUUCCUACGUCAACGUUUGCGAUUACUCUUUUCGACUGUGCCUGUCCUGAUCGCCACAAAGGCCAUGAACGAGAACGCAUGGAAAGCAAGAAUGGAACGCCCACAGCAUUUUAUAUCAAGAGACGGUCGAAGAAAGCCACUGCUGACAGACGCAAACCAGCUGGAGAUCAUCAUCAACGACCAGAUUCGAUGUAUGGACGAAUUCUUCACGACGAUCGAACAAACCCGAGCAGCAUGUCUUACCCAGGAGCGGAUGGAACGAGAUACCAUGGACGUACGCAUGUAUAAUGCCAUGCAGUCGAUUCAACAAACGAUGGUCGAGAUAAAAGAAGGCAUUGCGAAGCAAACACCCACCAUAAAAAAUUGUGCGGCAUGGACGCAAACAACGCCAGUGGAACGACAGAAGAUGUGCAAAGCAGUGCAGACGAGUCAACACCUGGCCCCCCAAGCAAGAACGACGCCGACAGAAGCGCCUCCACCUCCGACAGUUCCUCAAAUGCCACCAAUGCCACCGCAACCGAUGAUGUUCCCGUCAUUUCCAUACUUCCAACCACCAUUCCCGUUCCCCAUCCCACCGACCGUACCACCGACCGUACCACCGGCAACACCACCGACAACAUCACAAGGGCGCCCGCAGGACCGGCCAAGCGGUUCCUCCACCAGUGGCCAGAACUCAAGAAGAUCGACCGAGAGGGCAGCUCUGGAGAUAACCGCUCUUGAAGAAAAACUACACAGAAUACAGCGACGGAUGAGAGAGCUGGAAAAAAGAAGAACUUGCAAACCAAGAGAGUAUGAGGGCGGAGUAUCACGAGAAGGAGAAUUAACAAUGAAGUGUGUUUUUUGCGCCGCAAUCGGCGAACACUAUUCCGACUCGUGCCCCAGGAUGAAAACAGGAGCUGAACGAAGGGGAUUCCUACGACGGCAUCGACGCUGCUCUAACUGCCUGGAACUCCAUUGCCAAGGAGGAUUUCAAUGCAUCAAGUACAGGAUUCCCUGUUUCCACUGUAAAUUGAGGGGACACCACUCAGCUGUAUGCGACCUCCCAGAAGAAACUCUGAAGAUCGAAACUGAGAAGUCCCAGUGUGAGGCAAGCGAGGCGGAAAUCCUGAGCCGACUCGAGACCCUGCGGCACCUCCAGCAGUAG